AUGGUUACAGAUUAUGCACACAUCCGGGCCUCAGCUUUCCAGAUGGCGUUUGUUUUUCUCUGCGGGAAUAUACAAAUAAAAGUGUCUAAAGCCCUACAAAACUAAAAUACAAGAAAUACAUAUUGUGUACAUUAGAGUGAUGUUGUUUGUGUGACAAUCAUGGCGGAGGAGACUGAGUGGGUGCUCGAGAGCAUAGCGGGAUAUCUCAGCAGCCCGGAGUGGAUCAUCCCGCUCACAGACUUCAUGGAGAAGAAUUGCUCGGUGUUUGAUGAUGAAGAUGAGAAUAAGCUGACUUACACCGAGAUCCAUCAGCAAUACAAACAUCUGGUGGAGAGGUUGCUGGAGAACUACAUGCAGGAGGUUGGGAUUCAUGAGGAGCAAUUUCUAGAAGCUUCUUCAGCUUUAACCAGAUCUAAAACUUUACAGGCCAUUUUUCAGCCAGUUCUUGCUACGGACGAUUUCCAGAUGUUUCGCUCUCUGAUGGUUCAGAAGAACAUGGAAUUACAGCUGCAGGCUUUACACGUCAUUAAAGAAAGAAACGGUGGACUGCCUGAGUGUCUGACAGAUGGUGUGGAUGUUAUGAGUGAAUUGGAGAAGCAAGAAAUGAAGAUUCUUCAGGAGGUCCUUAGGAGGUCAAAGGAGGAGUAUGAGCUGGAGGCAGCUCACAGGAUAGAGGAGAAAGAAGAAGUGGCCUCCACAUCCAGCAGUUUAUCUGAGACACUACAGGGAACCGCAGUGACACAGCAAAUAAACAGUAUGAAUGGCACUUCAGAAGAUCAAGAGCUGAAGGAUUCAGAUACUGCAGCACUGAAGAGUUCAGACAAACCGACUUCAUCAUGUAAAGAAAAGAAAUUAGCUGCUGUGAAGGUUUCUGCACCUGCAUCUGCCAACUGUACGACGUCAGAGAGCCUGAGAGACACUGAGAGCUCCAAAGGUUUCACUGAAGAAGAGGGACUACAGCAGCGCUCUGAGUAUCUGAAGGCACAGAGAGAUAAACUGCAGGCCCUGAAGAAAGAUCAGACACUAAAGAACACCACAGAUACAACUCCUGUGACCCCGGACCCCAGACCCCUCACACAGGAAAUGUCUGUUGAGGAGAAGAAGAAGUUGCAGAAAAGAAAACACCUUGCAGAGAAACUGAAAGAAGAAGUGAUCAAAAAAUAAUGUUGAGAUGUAAAGUAAGAAAUGAACUAUACUGCCAUGGAGCUGGAGAUCACGGUUUAAUUGUUGCACCUCAUCCAAAAAAAGAAUCAAGUAUAUAGUUUUCUAUGACUUAAUUUAUAUUUUUUGUCUAGUUAUGCCAACUCUAUGAAUGGUCUCACAUUAUCUUCAACUGUUUUUUAGAACUUACCUAUAUAACACCUUUAAUAUGAUAUCCAGUCAAACUGGCUUUGGUCCAGGCAUGUUGAAUUACAAUAAUUGUUUAACAGUGUCCUUGCAUGAUCUGUUUAUUGAUCCAGUGACUCUUUUACUGUAUUGCAUUAUGUGGUCAGCGCAGAAGUGUACACUUGCAUACUAUUCAAUAUAUGCAUGUUUCACUACACACAUGUACAGAUGAUUUGUGAAAUGACUCAAUAAAGUUUUAUUUUAAGUAA